GCCAUCACAAAUCAUGUUCAGUAAAUCCAGUAAGAGUGUGUUUCCAGUAAGAAUGUUAUACACAUUUUUUGGGAUUUAUUCUCUCUUAUGGAUACAGUCCCAUGCUCAAAUCAAGAUUACAGAAGUUCAUGUCAUCUGCAUCUACUCUGAAGACUGCAUCUUGCCCUGUCCCUUCCCUCCAUCUUCUGAAGAGGUUUUUUUUCAAUGGUUCAAACAGGGAACACUGAUAUACAGUUUCCUGGAGGAUGAAGAUGAAUCAGUUUACAGCAGCAUUUCAGUGUUUACUGAUGAAGUGUCACAUGGAAAUGCCUCCCUGCUUUUGCAUGUCAGCAAUAUAAAUAGCCGAGGGCGCUAUAAAUGUGUGGUUAAUACCACCAAAUCUGUUCAGGAGUCUUACAUCAUUGUCAAGGUUGAAGCUCCAAUCCAUGAGAUUGCCAUUGAGGUCAGUCUCACUGAGCAUUUGCAGUGCUCUUCACAUGGUGUGUACCCUGCUCCACUGCUAAAGUGGUCUACAGAUCCAAGUAUUGCUUCGAACUCCUUUCAAGCUGUCACUCGAAUAAGGGCAAUAAAUAACCUGUAUAGUAUAGAGAGUACUGUAAAGAAAAUGUACACAAACUCAAAUCUUACCUACAUCUGCAGCAUCACAUCAAAAUACAGCUUACAAUCAUGGAGAGCCUCACUGCUUCAGACAGAAAUGUCUGUAAAUUAUGGGGAAAAGCUGGUUAUUCCAUGCAUGGCUCCAAAUAAUCUUAAAAACCUCACUCUUACAUGGACUUUUAUAAGUCAGAACAAGCGGACAGACAUCUUGACCUAUUUCAGUCAAACUCAAAGAAUCAAAAAUCACUGGGAUGACCGGGCAGAAUUGGACCUGAACAAGGUUCUGAUGGGAGAUGGAUCACUGUACUUAAACAACUUAGGCUCUAAGCAUUCUGGGACAUACACCUGUACAUUUACAGGUUCCCAGGUCAAACACAUAGUCCAAACCUUAGUCAAUACCAGUGCCUCCACAGCAGUUUCACAGACAGGUGCCUUAACUAUCCCUGGAGUGAACUCCAGAACUCCAAGCUAUAAGAGAGCCAACAGGUCUCCUACCCUAUUUAAAGAUGUCAAGGCUAACACCAUUGGCUCAAAGGGGGCUUCUAUCAGACUUUCCAGGACCAUUUCCAGGUCUAAGGAAGUGAGUCAUGGUCUUCACGAAGGUAAUAGUGGGUCCAUAUUUUGGAUGGUGGCUAUCACAGUAGCCAUUACAGUAGCGGCACUGAUUCUCCUUUGUGUGAUUUUCUGCAUAUACAGAAAAUACAAAGGUAAGUCUAAAGAUUCUUGGCAAGACCACAACCAACAGGACACAGAGAUGCAGACUAUGCAUGAGGGAAAUUCAGUGGAUGAGUUACAAGCAGAAAGCAAACCACUUGCAAAUCACAAGAAAGGAGGGUCUUCUGCAGGAAAGUCCCUACAGUAAUAAAUGCAGUGACAUCAGGCAUUCUAUAUGUGCACUGUAGUAUAGGGUGAAAAUCAAAGUAAAUAAUAUUUCAAAGACACACGAACAUAGUCUCUGGGGUAUUUUGGUAGCCUGCUUCCAUAUUUAUACAGUGAUCCAAAGGCACAUACUAUAUGUAGAUGUGAUUUAUUUUGUAACAUUAUUGCUCUUUCAAAAGCAAGUGUGAGUUUGUCACAAAAUGUGUCUCUGAUGAUUCUCAGUCAUCAAUGUGUGGUGUGGUAGAUUUGUCAUAAAUUAUCAAAUAAAAAUGUG